UCAACGUAGGAUGUGUGAGGUACAUGACCAACCCUGCUCGAAGCCUUCAAAGUUAGGCUGUAAUUAUCGUAGGCGGCGGCGUUGCAUAACAUAAUCUGCAUGUACGUUGGUAAACAUUCAUUUUAUAGCUCUGUUUCGGUCUGUGAUUUCAGAGCAAGUAAAUUUAUGUAACACUAAGAGCCCAUCCAAACAAAGUACAAUGAUUCCGAAACCGAAACCGUAUCAAAACUGUAGCCCUCAGCAAGUAGCCGGCAUUCGCAACGGCAUAGCAUCGCUCGCCACAGUUAACUUUCUUUUUUUUACUUGUAAAUGGAGUCAUGGAGUGUCGUUCCCAUCACUGUGCAAUGAACCCAUUGGGAAAUUGCAUUUGUUUGAGGCCUGUACGGACACGAUGAGUGACCGUUGGAAGGCGAGCAGCGAAAUGAUAGGCGGACACAGAAUACGGACUCGUUCGCAACGGCGCGAGGUGCACCCGUAGAUGGGUUCCCAAACAUUGGAGAUACUCCGUCAAGGGGUCUGGGCUAGUUUCACGGGAGGCUGGUUCUACGAUCCGAGGCAAGACCAUGAGUCCAACAUUCUGCACCUCUACCUCUGGUUGUUCCUGUUGUGCCUGCCGUUCUCGUUGCACAUGUUCCUCAGGCCAGCAUUGCCUGUGUGGCUGUGCUAUGCGGCCAUUGUGGGUGCGCUGUUUGCGACACUCAAGAUCAUCAACGUGCGGCUUCACCAAAUGUUUGACAGUGGGGAGUGCAUCGAAGAGUCAAGCGAUGAUUCAAACCGGUCCGUGUCCGCAGACCAUACUGGACAAAGCUCGCAGGGCCAUGGCUCAAAAAAGGAUUCGGAGCACAUUGAAAUGGCCGUCCUGAAGCAGCGGCCGGAUGAGGAGACGCCACCCGUGCAAUGCAGCUCACGAAACUCCUUCAAUGAUGGGGCCCAGGCCCAGAUCCACCCGGGCAGCGCGGUGGCUUCCACUGCCUCCAUGGAGCUGCUGGGGCGACUGGCCCGCUCCGAUGACUUCGAGAUGAAGUCGCACACUGGCGUCUGUGGAAUCGACCUCCAAGUGGAUGUGCAUCAUCGGAACAGUUCAGGCAGUUCAGGUGGCUCAGCCUCCGUUAAACAGGAGAGGAGAUUUCACGGGACUGGCUCCGCGGCUCCAGGGCCGGGAAGUCCGGACUUUGGGCUUGUUGAUGAAGUGUUGAAGGAAGUGUCGGACCUGAAGUCUGGGGCCGUUUCAAUGCUACCUGCGCCAGCAGGAUUGUCUACUGGUGACGAGCUUGCUGUGGCUUCAGGUUCCUCGACGUCCCUGCACCCAGACAACCACCGGACCCGUAGCCAGCACAGGCGCCGUAGUGGCGGCACCGGCUUCCUCUCUUCCGGUUCCUCGUCUGGCUCGCUCCGCAAUGCCACCGGCUCUGUUGAGUUGGCUUUCCUGUCGCAGGACCCGAGCGUCCGAGCCGCGGAGCUGGCGCGCGCAGCACAACAGCGCAAGAGCAGUCAUGCACUUCGCGGCAACGUCGAGGAUGCCGAUGCCAACUGGCUGGUGCGGCGUGCCCAUAGCGAGCUCGAGACCAGCGCUGCUGAGAAGCAGCGGUCUUCCAUUCCGCCGUCUCAUCCAGUUUCGCUGGAGGCGAUCCGCGUUGGGUCAUCAUCUUCUUCAACCCCCGUGCCAGCGAAUGUUCGGCACGUCCGGAGGAGUGUAGAGUUCUCGCGGCCCCCACUGAUGAAUGACGGCGCCAUCAAGACGAUUGCGGAGCAACCAGCCGCGGAGACUCCGGCUAGCACGGCGCCUAGUGGGUCGAGCAGCAUGAAGUCAUUGGUUAGGCACCGCUCGCUGGACGCGGCCACGUUAAGGCAGCGGCGUGGCCGAGGUAGCAGUGAAAAGAAAGAGGAGGAAAAGACUGGGGUAGUGGUGUCGAGUGGGGCAGACGGUCACGCCGCGGCCGGCCGGUGUUUCCCGUCGACAGAUAGCGUGUCGUCGGCAUCUGGCGAAUCUGAUCGAAGCAGCAGCCACUUCACAGUCAUCUACAAACCACUGGAUCCAUGCAGUGGAAAUCCACAGGAACUUGACUUGCCUGAGCAGUACCCUGGAUGGCUAGAAGGGAACCCCAGAAAUCCGGAACCACUUCCAUCUCCAGCCUGCUCAGAACGUAGCAGUGUGGCUGGCUUGGAUUGGCUUUUUGCCGUAGCCACAAGCCAACCAGCGAAUGAGACAAAGACAUCGGCACCUUUGGAGCUGUGCAAAGAACAGACGGAGCACAAGCCGAGCCAACAGCGACCGGCCGAAGCAGCUCAGACGGGCCUCGGGGCCAGCGAUGCGGACUCCAGUCUUCCAUGGCAGUGUGAGGAGGCUGUCAUGCGGGUCCGCAGUGGAUCAUCGGAGCAGAGCCUCUCUGAUGCCAGUUCCCCAUCAUCUCCCGAUGAGAUGACUCCCCUUGGUGCCUCGGGACGCCUCUCCACGGCCCUGGGAGCCAUUCCCAAGCAGUACAUAGACGAUGCCAGAGGGGAACAGGCAUACCCACCAGUUCCUGGGCCGUUUACGCGGACGACGGUGCGGUCCUUGCUGAGCCGCCGUCUGCUCGACAUUCUCAACCUCAAUGACCCUCAAGAGUGUGAAGUGGAGCUGCAGAAGUUGAAGAGGGAGUUGGACAUCUGCCGACGGCUUGCUUCAAAUGCCGAGGAGGCACCUCCGAGCUUCUCCCCACCAACUUCCAAAGCCCCUGCUGCAAACCGGAAGCGUCCAAAGCUGGCGGCCACUCGCCGAAAAGCCAGUUAUGGCACCUCCGAGUUUCUCUCUCUCCUGCCAAGCAAUCCGCCUUUGCCCCAGGCCGAUGGAGAGAAAGAUGAUGAGUCAGCAACAGCGAUGGCUGGCUGGACUUCGUCGGGCCGGCGGAACUGCACCGACCGGGGGCCGCCGGCUUAUCUCCUGGCAAGCAUCUUGUCAACACCUGGCACCCACUUGGCCAUAUCGCACGAUGACACUUCACCUGGUGCGGUACAUUGCUUCCAAGAUGAACACGGGAACUGGCAGACAUACACCUUUGAUGAGAACAGCACAGGCGUGUCAAGGGGCCUUGAGAUGUCGCCAGACACCAAGAUAUUCCAGAUGAUGUUCGACAGCAAGUGGGAGACGUCAUCUCGCAGCAGUUCAAGCUCGAGCUCCACCACGAUGCUUGACAGUCCCGCCGCCUCUGCCUCCGUGCCCCCUCACGGCAGCUGUCCGAUUGCCAUGGGGUUCAGUCCCGCACCCGGUAUGACACCCUGCGUGACAACGACCGAGGCCUCUUCCAUGACCAUGGUAACCGGUUCGAUGCUGCGGCCAUCCCCUCAUCAGCCUCCGCACCGCCUGCACCACCACACCCACCAUUCUCAUGCACAGCAGCAGCAGCAGCAGCAACAGCAACUCCUCCAGCAGCAACCGUCGUCCUCGACCUCUCUGCAACAGUAUUCUCACCAACCUCGACAUCACCACCGCCGGCGUGGUCAUCACAGCGGUGGUCAGCGAGGCGAGGAUGUUGGAGCCAUGGUGCCAUCUUCACUUGACCUCUCCCUCCCUUCCGGAGUAGGGGCAGCGGCGCUUGGACUGAGGCGGGGCGGCGCUACGGUGCUGGAGAACCGGUUUGACUUGGGCGCUGCUGGCGAAGGGGCCAGUGUCCGGUUUGAUGGCUCCAGAGGCAGCAGCGGACCAGUUCUUCUUGCCGAAUCUCUUCUGAGCCGCAUGGCUAUGGCAGCGGCAGCGAACGGCGCCGGAGUUGGACCUGCGACAUUGUCUCAGACAGCAUCCUCGCAGGACACUGAGCUGGACUCAACGUGCCACAUGCGAUUCGUGGGCAGUGGGACGCUGCGAGACGGCAAGCCGCGUCAUUAUUACCGCUUCCGGUUGCUGCCCUGCAAGACCAUCAAGGUGGGCUUCGACCGCCUGGCCCUCAUCACUGUGCUGGACAGGAACCUGACGGUGAUGGAGAAUGUCCUGUCCAUUGUCCUGGCAGUACUGGUGGCUGUCCUGGGAUCCCUGUGCCUCUCCAAGGGCUUCUUUCAGGACAUUUACAGCUUUCUCUUCUGCUUUGUCAUGGCCAGCUGCCAAUACUGCCUGCUCAAGAGUGUUCAGCCAGAUGCUGCCUCACCGACUCACGGCUACAACCGGGUGGUCCUGUACAGUCGGCCUGUGUACUUCUGCCUGUGCUGCUCGAUGUUGAUGCUGGUACAGUUCCUGCUUGACUCCAACAUCGAGUACCCGCAGGUCACCCUUUAUGGGGUACGACUCAUCACCAACGGAGCUGUGGCUUGGGCACGAAGCUUCCUCAUAGUUUUCAUCUUGGCAUUCCCGGUGACCUUCAGCUUGGGGUUGCUGCCCCAAGUCAACACAUUCGUGACAUACCUGCUGGAGCAGAUCGACAUGAACCUGUUUGGUGGAUCAGCGACCACUGGAUUGGUGUCAGCCAUCUACUGUGUGUCACGGAGCCUGGCGUUUGUGGUGUGCCUGUUUGGGCUGGCCUACGUCGCCCUGAAGGAGGGCCACAAUCCAUCACAGCACAUAAUGUUUUCCCUGUUUUGUGGGUUUCUUGUCACCUCCUGCUACCUGCUCAGCAGAAGUGCCAGUGAUCCCACCAUUCUCUGGAACCUUAUCAAGCGCCAUCUGUGGUCUGAAAGCAUGCCAACUGCCAAUGCCACUGACAGCGCUCCCGAAUAUGUGGAUCCACUGCCAGCGAAACUAGAAAAAACAUUUAGGGCCAGACUUAGGACGGAUGCGAUACACUGUGUCUUCGUAGCAAUCUUUGUGUUUGCUGUGCACGUCAGCACAAUGUUCUCAGCUCUUCAGCCGUACCUGGAAAUGCUGCUUCACCUGACGGCGGUCGUGUGGGGCCUCUUGCUGCACUAUGUGCUGCCCCAGCUGCGCAAGCAGCUGCCCUGGCUCUGUUGCGCUCACCCCAUCCUCAAGUCGAACGAGCAUCAGCAGUUUGAAGUGCGCGAACCAGCCCGAGUGAUGUGGUUUGAGAAGCUGCAGGUGUGGAUGUGGUUCAUCGAGAAGAACAUCAUCUACCCGCUGCUCUUCCUCAGUGCUGUGAGCACAAGCACGCCUGACAUUAUCAACCGCUUCGGAGUCGCCGGCGGCUGUCUAGUGUUGGUGGUGUGCGCCCUCAAGUGCCUGCGUAGUGCCUUCAACGACCCGUCGCAGCAUUUCCUUGUGCUGCUCUUCACGGUGCUGUUCUUCACCUACGAUUACCGGGGACCCAUGGAGCCAUUCCUCAUCAACUACUUCUGCUGCCUGUUUGUCUUCUCCAAGGUGUACGAGUUGUUGCUCAAGAUUAGCUUCAUCAUCACCUACAUUGCCCCCUGGCAGAUCACUUGGGGAUCAGCAUUCCAUGCCUUUGCACAGCCCUUCAGCGUCCCACAUUCGGCCAUGCUUUUUGUGCAAGCCAUCAUCUCGGCGAUCCUGUCGACGCCGCUUAGCCCGGUCCUGGGUAGUGCCAUCUUCUUCACCUCGUACGUCAGGCCAGUCAAAUUCUGGGAGCGGGACUACAACACCAAAAGAGUGGACCAUUCAAACACACGGUUGUCAUCGCAGCUAGAACGAAAUCCAGGCUCGGAUGACAACAAUCUCAACUCGAUUUUCUACGAGCACCUGACGCGGUCCCUGCAGCAGUCGCUGUACGGGGACCUGGCCCUCGGCCGCUGGGGCAAUGUGACGCAGGGCGACUGCUUUGUGCUGGCUUCGGACAACCUCAACUGCCUGCUCCACAUCAUCGAGCUUGCCAACGGGCUCGUCACGUUCCAGCUCAGGGGACUCGAGUUCAGAGGCACCUACUGCCAGCAGCGCGAGGUGGAGGCCAUCUCGGAGGGCGUCGAGGAGGACGAGGGCUGCUGUUGCUGCGAGCCGGGUCGGCUGCCACAUCUGCUGUCAGCCAAUGCGGCCUUUGGCCAACGCUGGCUCGCCUGGCAGGUGGCGGCCGCCCGCUACGUCCUCGAGGGCUACUCCAUCUCGGACAACUCGGCCGUCUCUAUGCUGCAGGUGUUCGAGCUGCGCAAGGCACUCGUUACCUACUACGUCAAGGCCAUAGUCUACUACACGGUCACGUCUAGUCAUCUGGAGGAGUGGCUUGCCUUGCCAACGGUGAGAGACGCACUGCACCCGACCUUGGACAGGAAUUACACUGAUGUGGACCCGGUGUUCAACAUGAACAUCGACGAAGACUAUGAUUUUCGGGCCUCGGGGAUCUCGCGCAACUCCUUCUGCAACGUGUACCUCGAUUGGCUGCAGUUCUGCAUUGCUCGGUCUGGAAAGAGCCUUGAGCACGAUCGAAACUCUCUGGUCGUGUCACUGUGCUUUUCGUUGAGCCUGCUGGCACGGCGAGCUCUGGGAACUGCAUCGCACAACUCUUUCUCAAGCAGCGUGGACCUUCUGCUGUACGGCCUGCACGCACUGUUCAAGGGUGACUUUCGCAUCACGUGCGUCAGGGACGAGUGGGUGUUCCAGGAUAUGGAACUCCUCCGACGAGUCGUUGCACCCAGUGUACGCAUGGCCCUCAAAUUGCAUCAGGAUCACUUCCUCUCUGCUGAGUAUGACGACCAUGCGACGCUGUACGAUGCCAUCAGCAACUAUGAGAAGAACCUCGUCAUCUCCCAUGAAGCUGACCCAGCCUGGCGAAACGCAGUACUGUCAAGCGUUCCAUCGCUUCUGGCUCUGCGGCACGUCUUUGACGACAGCUCAGAUGACUACAAGAUCAUCAUGCUGAACAAGAGGCAGCUCAGCUUUAGGGUGAUCAAGGUCAACCGCGAGUGCGUCCGCGGUCUGUGGGCGGGACAGCAGCAGGAGCUGGUGUACCUGCGUAACCGCAACCCGGAGCGCGGCAGCAUCCAGAACGCCCGCCAGGCACUGCGCAACAUCAUCAACUCAUCAUGUGACCAGCCCAUCGGCUACCCCAUCUACGUGUCGCCGCUGACCACCUCAUUCCUGGAGACGUCAGACCAGCUGUGCGGACUAAUUGGGGGACCCCUCAGCAUUUCGCGGUUCGGUGGCGCCCUCCUGGGGUUCUGGAACCGCCUCAAGAUAAGAUGUGGCGAGGGCUGUUCGAGUGGUGGCACAGCCAUUCAGGACGACAACAUCUUUGACUACACCAUGGCGGGCUCCCUGUCUGGAAGCAUCUCGAGAGCCCGCCGCAGCCACUCAAGCGGCUCGCAUUCGGUGAGCUACACAGGGACAGAAACUGGGAGCAGUAACGGCGGCGGUGGCGGGAACAGCGGCGGCAUCGGUGCCGGACUCGACCAGGGGAGCCGCAGCGUCGGCCGAACAUCGGCUUCGAGCAGCAUCGGCCGCGGGAGCACAUUGAGCAGCCUCGGCCGUAACAGCACCAGCUUCACGAGGACCUCACUCAACAACCUCACAGUGUCGUCCUCGCUCGUGUACAAGCCUGGCGGGACAACACCCAGCAGUGGCGUGACAAUCCUGAGCACCACGCCGUCAAGGCAGCAGCACCAGCCAUUCAUCGUGGAGCAGCCGCCCCUGGGAGCGGCAUGCUCAGGACCGUUUGUGGUCGAGGUCACUCGAAGGAGCUCGGCUUCAGCGGCAGUGCCCCCUCUUUACUCUGGAAGCAUAGCGGCAAACAUACCCAGUCUUGCAGCAAACCUGACCAGUCUCGUCAGCAUUGCCGGAGCGUCAUCGGUCGGCAUUCCCACAAGCAUCGCCACUACGGCUGGAAGUGCCCUCCGGGAGACAGCAAUGGUCUCCGGUGUGCCAUCAACGGAAAAAGUCAACAUCUGAGCGAGUUUUUAACACCCUGUGAAGGGAGGCCAUCUUGAUGCACCUUGCAUAUUUUUGCUUAUUUUGGUGAACAAAGCCAGGCACAGCGAUCUCACAUGAUUCUACUGCCACUGCUAGAUGCAAGCUACAGUCAAUAGGGCAUUCUAGGAGAUGGCACUGGCUGCUGGACUGUCAUAACAAAGACGGUGUUAAGUCUGAGUCAAAUGUAUGCUCCUUGGGUGUACAUGCGCUUGGUGAGCAAAUGAGGCAAGGUGCACAGGCAUCGCAAUUCUGUUACCGUCUCGGAUCGUCACUCCCGAUGGAUGCUGCAUGGAGGAGUCUGGCCAUGCUGCCCCCACUGCGCUUGAGAGUUCAGCAGUGAAGCAUAGCCAGACUUGCUUCAAACAUGACCACUCUCAGUCAGCAUCGCCGAAAGUUCGGCCACUAUUCCGACCGGUAGGCUAAGCAGUUACGACAGGAAGCGCUCCCUUACAGAAUGCCACAGUUGCCAGACUGCCGUCAACAAAGUCAACGCAAUAGUCAAUUUGUGCACUUCAGGUGGGACGGUGAUUUGAUUAACUUGUAUAUUCACUUCUUUUACUUUGUUCUUCAAUGGAGACAACCUGCAUGGACCUUUCGUUUCAGCUGCCACUGCAGGUUUACUUUACAGAUGGUGGUGCAUUCUGAGAAGAAUAUAUAUAUUCAGUGGGAUAAGCCAAAACCCGAUUCACAUUUGUGCACAGUGGUUAAAGGUCAGACAUACUUUGUACUCUCACUAAAUGCGCCGAAUGGUGCAAGACCCAUGGACCCAGAAAAUCCCCUCUUGUGGCACCCUCAUGGACGGACCUCUUGAGUGCUUUGUUGAAAACCUGCUGUAGCAUUUCCUCCAUAGCGGCCCGACAAUAUGUCGUCGUACCUGGGAACCGCAUCUCUCUUCAUUGUGUGAUGGGCCGAGUUCUGCCUCUAGCUUUUUAGUGAGCAGAAAGACAAGAUAAUGCAAGUCGUGUGAGCCUUGAACCUGAAUUGAUAGGGAGGGAAGCCAUUUCCAGCCACAACUGCAAAGUUCACUCUGCUGCGUCCAUGUUCUCUUUGUGUGUUUUUGCGUUUGUGUGUGUGUGUUUGCACGUGUGUGCAUGUGCAUGCGUGCCUGUUUCUCUACGUUGUACUGUAUUGUCUGUGAUGACCAACGAUGUUACAACUAUGUACUUCGUCACAAAUGACAAUGGUACCCAUUAUAUUUUUUUGUCUUGUGUAAAAAUCACACUGUUAUUCAAAGUUCUACUGUUGCGGUACUUCUGUUGUGCUUUGUGAACUUGCUGUUGAUAUAGUCUGUCGCUUUCUUAGGUUCAUUUCUUUCUCACCAAAAACUGUCAGCCCAAAAUGCACGAAUUGAAACUGUGUUUGUUCGAAUUGUUGGCACUUGUUUUGACAGCAGAUAGUUUCAGCUGUUGUCGUUGGUUCUAACUACUUAAAGUGUGCAUUCGUCCUGGUGCUGAUGGUUCCUUGUCAUCCACGUCCUUGUGGCUUGGUGUGAAUGUCUGCAUGUGCUGUCUGCUUGUUUGUGUGCUUCUCUUGCCAUCACUGUAAGAAAAGACGAACACCCUGUUUUAUAUGAAGCCACAGUCUGUGAGGCUUGUUGACAUAUUGAUCUGCGUUAGUACUUGAACCGUAUUCCUUCCAGUUACAAUGGCAAUGUCUUAGUUGGCUGGUCUGUCAGCCACUAUGGGAAAUGGGCGGUGAAGGUUUGACUUCGUUACAUAACUUGCGUUGACAUUUUCGGUGUGGCGCGUUGUGUGCCCUCUGCAGUGAUACUUGGGCUAUUAUAGGCAAUGUCGCAAAAUUUCAUGAGCAAGCCUGCCUUCAAUGCCAUAAACAUGGCAGUUCCGUGCAUGUCUUCACUUGAAAAAUACUGUUGAUUUGAUCUGUUUAGAGGUGUCCUGGUUCCUAGUCUUUUUAGGCUUAUAAUUCAAACCUGAUUGAGUGCAAACAUGUUCAAGUAUGCACAUCCUGUAGGUCUAGGUUCAGUGUGCAUAAGUAAAUUGUUAAAUGUAAGAUAAAUCUAAGCUGCCAUAUUCGUCAGCAACUCGCUGCACUCAGACUUAUUGCAAUAUAUUUUGAGGUAUUAUACAGUCAGUAGAUAACGCUAACGUUCCGUUCAGACUUAAUAAAAACCUCUUUUAGUGUAAGCAUUAUUCAGUAAGCGCAACUCUUAGAGUUAGGUUCAACUUCUUCUAGGUUCAGUAUACACCAAUAUAUUUGUUAAACAUAGGUAAAUCAGAGCUGGACAUGUCCUUCCACAACACAUUACACUAGAAAUUCAUGCAACACGGUGCACAUCUGACACUGUUGGUGAAUUGCACCAACAGAGUUACGAAAGAAGUCAUUGUAGUGAGUAUUCUGCAGGCAGGCUUGCUCAAAGAACUUUGAAUAUCUCCAAUUCGCAAUAUGUACCUGCUUUCCAUGCAGGCACAGAUAGAUAGUACAUAUACUAUGUGCAUGCCUGGUGCUCCUUGUGUUUCAUUUCUGGACAUCAAUGUAUUGAAUGGCUUUUCAUUUUCUAGAUUUCAGUGAUCUGGCUGCAGGAUUAUGUCCAGCUGCAUCAAAAGCUUUUAUUGUUGGGGACGAUGGUGUUCUAAAAGGAUGUUUGGUUGUGGAAGAGAUUAUGGAUCGAUGCUGAACAGGUUAGCUGCACUGCUUUAUAAUUAGCAUUCAUAUGCAUGUUUCUCUUUCUCUAAAGACUUCGAUGAGUUAGCAGGCUCUGUUGAAAGGCAAAGAUUGUACGUGAUAAACUUGUUGAAUCGAAUGGCACAGCCCUUAGUUAUAUUUAGGUGUUAGAGUUUGCAAAGCUUUGCUUCUUCAAUGUUUCGUCCUCAUUCUAAGAUGGUAAAAAAAUUAGUGGGGUUCAAUUAACCAACUGUAGAGGCAGCAGCAACAUUUGGGCCGACUUAUUCAGUGAAAUUUAUAUUCAACAUGAAAGAACACAUUUAGAUGUUUCUGUCAAGCUGUUUAAGAACAUAGAAAUGUUGAAGCAAAGCUUACAUUGAUGGCUUAGAAAAUAUCAAGGGACAGAUAGAUUAAUGUCUCUCUUCUAAUGGAGGUAGCAAAGUGGCUAGCAGCUUCUGUGCUAUUAUUAUGAUGAUAAUUAUAUGUGGCAUUUAAUGGCGCAAGGGCCAGGAAUGUCUGAAGAGCACCACGAAUGAUUGGUAUUACCUCAGCCCUGCCUGUACAGUGCAAAUGCUGCUAUGCCUUUCAGAUGAUGUACUUUUUGAUGGCCUUGCACUGCAAUCUUUUACGUUGUAAUAAUACCAAUCACUACACAUGUCAAGAGUGCGAUAUGUAAGCAUUGCACCCUUCAUUCAUUAAUGAUUUCAAAUUUGUUACUGCUUUUUGUUUCAAGCAUAUCAGAAACGCAUUUUGCGUUCUAUAGGAAUAGUCGUCACAGCGUGAAGUGAGUGAAGCGCUUUAGUGACUCUGGUCGCGAAAUUACGAUGAUUCCAUAACCCUUUAAUGCCAUGAAAAACGAAGUGGCGUGUAGUAUGUUGAAAAAAAUAUCCUAGAAACUUGUAUAUCUUAGGCAUAUAAUUGCAUGACGCUUGCUUAGUUACAUGACCAGCUUUAUGUGUGCUUAGGUAUAUUUAUAUAUGUGGUUCUGAUCCCACUACAAAGAAAUCAUUUUGCCUCUUAACUGAAUUAUGGCAGUUUAGCAUUGUAAUUCUCUUUUAGAAAAGAGAAACGAAAAGUGAGUAUCACAUGAUCGAGAAUCAGGCGCGACAUGGCAGUCGUUAGACAGAACAUCUUAACACUUAUUUUCGGCAGCUGUGCAAGCUUAACUGAAGGUAGCAGCCAUUAUUUACUUCAAUAAAGGCUCUCGCUUUUACCUUGUUCUCGUUUAGCUCAUCGUCUUGAAUUUCCAUCUCCCGCCUUCCCCGUGUUUUCCCUGAAAUUCUAUAAAGGAAACAACAUAAUACGAGGAAUGAUCUAAAAGUUUUGCAACUUGCAUAUCAGGAAAACUGCGAGACCCUGGAAAACUUAUUUUUCAACAUAAUCUCCCCUCACACUAAUGCACUUUUCCCAUUUUCCUGGAAGGCUUUUGAUACCUUGCAAAAAUAAAAAACUUCCUUCCUGGUUGUCAAGCCACUCCUCUGUGGCAGUUUGAAGCAAGUUCAAGUCGUCAAACCUCGUUCCCUUGAGUUGUUUCUUCAAAUUCGGAAAUAAAAAAAUGGCUGUGGCUUAGCUAAGGUUAAGCCCAGGAUGCGAAGCAUACUAGCCUUUAUUUUAGUUGUUGAACCACUGUUUAGCCUGGUGAACUGCUGUUGCUUGGCUAUAUUUGGUUCGGCUAGACGUAGAAACAACUCAUGCAGGCGAGCGCACGAGCUGAGACCCGGCUAUGUAGCUACGCGGCCGCAAGCGAGCGCACGAGUUGAGCCUCCGCUUUUGCAGCUGUUAUGACGUCAUAUGGUAGCUACGCGGCCGCGCGCGGCACAGCAAGGAAGAGCGUGGUUGUGCGGCUAGUAUGCUUCGCAUAAAAGUCACUCGGGGCCAGGUCGGGACUGUACGGUGGGUGGUCCAGCUGUUCGAAACCACACUCUCGAAUGGCAGCCUGGGCAACACGAGACCUGUGAACCGGGGCAAUGCCAUGCAGGAGGAGGACACCUGUUGUCACUAAUCUCCGGCAUUUUUGCACAAUGGCUUUACAUAGUUUUCGAAGAAUGUUGACAUAGUAUUCGCCUGUAACUGUCCUACUGUUUUCAAGAUACUCAAUGAGCAGGAUCCCCUUCACGUCCCAGAAAAGUGUCGCCAUCACUUUUCUCCCUGAGCGUUGGGUCUUUGCAUUUUUCGGGGGAGGGGACUCCAAAUGCCUCCACUGCACAGACUGCUGUUUGUUUCUGGGUCCCACUGACGCAGCCGCAUCUGGUUGAAUAAAGUCGCUUGAAUAGAGGUGCAGAAGUUUCCUUGGUGAAUUCAAGUGGUGGUAUCCAUCUUGUGCUGAGAGGUUCCGUGGCACCCAUCAUGCCGAGACCUUCGACACACCCAAAACAUUGUGAAUGAUAGUGAAAGCACUGCCAUACGAAAUGUUCAGUUGUUUAGCAACUUCAGACACCUUGAUUCGGCUAUUAUUCAUGAUAAGGCUCUCUGCUGAGGCUGAAUGGUCCAAAUUGGUUGAAGUGGGCGGCCGCCCUGACCUUGGGUUGUCUUCCGCAUGCACGCAGCCAUGUGUAAACUCAUUGAACCACCAAGUCACUGUAGUAUGUGAAGGACAUUCCCUGCAGUACACCUUCACCGUCCUACUGUGGAUUUCUUUGGCGGAACUUCCUUCUUUGCACGAAAAUUCGAUAACGCCCCGGUACUCGAGCUUGAAAUCGUGGGAGGACGCCAUGUUUGACUGACUGGUGCAGACCAAGUAACAAACUGGAAGGCUUCAUAUUCAGACCUUGCUAGGCUGCAGAGAUGACCUAGACGAAAGGUAGAGAGAGAUCACUGUUAGAUAUUUGGUUACAGCUAAGUUGCAACACCUUUUUGAUCUCCCCUCGUAUUUUGGCGCUUAGUAUAAGUUGAAGCUUCCGCAUCACCGUCAUGCGCCGUAAUUCUUUUUGUCCUUUUUAGUUCUCUUUCUUUGUUCAUAAAUGCGAUGUAUUUAUUGUUACUGCGAUAAAAAUAACGUGUGGAUCAACAUGGCAACCAUAAAGCAAACUCUUCACUCACAGUGACAUGGCUUGUUUACUGUUUAACUGUCCCGGACUUCACAGAGAGCACAAAAGUGAUGCAUACAAGCGAUGAAGUAGAGUGCACAUUACUAGUUAACAUAUUAAAAGGCUUUUUGUUAAACCUGUUCAAUAUUGCCAGAAAUUACUGCAUUGGGUCAGUUGCGUUACAACAAUACCGACAGAACAAGCAGAACGCAAGCGGAACACGCACAAAGAAACACCAAGGGAGCGCUGAAACAGACUAUGUGGCUGACUGCCACUCUCCUGUACGAAUGACUGUUUGCGCUUUAAUCACGCAAUAUGGGAAUGUUUUGUGCAUUUCGUGCGUGAAUGUUGAACUGUAGAGCAACAUAUUACCAUUUCACUGCAGUCAGUGCGCUUUAUUAGCAUACGAUCAGCUGAAAUUGCCAGCAGCAAAAUGCCACUGUGUACAUUCCAAUGCACGUGGCCGACUGCCUAUCCACACUAAUGCGGUGAUGGUGCUGCAGCCUCCAGUUCAAUGUCGCGGCCAGUACCAACAGAAGCCCUUAAAAAGAGCACUUGGGAAUGGCAUAGUUUUUCACAAUAACAUUACUAGGCAGAACCCUGCAUGAACAUUUUAUAUUGACAAGUUUCUUUUUCCAUUCUUUUCAUUUGUCAUGCCAAAUGACCAAUGCCCUGCUAUAAUGGUGAUGCGGCUCCAUCCAAGCUAUUGACGAAGAGCCGGGAAAAAAAGCACUUCAAAUGAAAUUGUUCAUUAGGAAAUACAACCAUUUGUGCUUUGGUUGCUUAACUGCAGUUAGAAUUUUUAGUAAGUAGAUCUUUGUACAAUUUCACUUGGCUGUGUUGCGAAGCCACGCUGUAGCUUCAUUAUUUUUACGUUGGCUUCCGCUAUUUUGCAUGCACGCCACAAGAAUAAUCGAUUUUAUCGUGUAAUUUUCAUUAUGUGAUCAGAGCACAACACUAAAGCGCGUGUGUCCCUAAAUGUAGACAGCCUUCAGACACACCAGGUAUAUAACAGACCACAGGUAUAUAACUUUUAAUGAUCUAAACAAGUACUUUUCUCUUCUACUAUGAUGUAAAUGCAGCAAAAGAGAAAUGGUAGGUCCUGUAGUCUCUACGAGCUUCAAAAUUUAGGAAAUCUUAGGUAUACUUGAACCUAGAGGGAAGAAGUUUAUGUAAAUCCAUGUACUGCCUGUCACUAUCCAUGCUACCUGGAACGUGAAUGUUCAUCUGAACAAUACUGGUGAUGCAUACAGACACUAGAGAUAUAUAGCUUGAUUAUUUUUAACACGAAAUUGCAUGCACUACUACUGUUCACCCAGUGAAAUUUACUGCAACAAUGCCAAUGUUCUGCUCGUAUCCUGUUUCUUGAUGGAGCUGGUUAAUUAUGGCGACCAAUUAUUUUCGUGCUGCGGAUGUACACGGGACAAAGAUGCAAAAGCAAGCAGUUUGUGCAAUCUUUUAAGUUUCUGUUUUCUCUAUUUUGUUAAUUGGAAACUGUAUGUUUGGCACUACUACUGUUCACUUGUUGGAAUUUCUCGAAAGGAUGCCAUUGUUUGGCCAACAUUCCAUUCAAAGUUGCAGCCAAUUAGUGGUAAUCAUAAUUGGUAAAAAUACGCUGAAUUUGAGAGACAUCAUUUGCACAAGGUGCCAGUUCACGCAAAGUAUAACUUUUAUUCAUUUUGCUUUGUUGGUGCGAAGCUCUUUGCAUAACACUGCUUCAUUUUACCCACUCGAAGUUAUUGUUAGAAAGCCAAGGUCUUGCCGACAUCCUGUAUGCUGAUACAGUUUGUUAAUUGUGGUAAUUGUCAUCAGUAUUGGGCAGUAAUGGGGAGGGGCUCCCAAUUGCACAGGAUACCAUUCAUGUUUAUUUAUGUUUCUCUAUUUUUUCAGCUAGCGUGAAACUUCAUACUUAACACUAAAUACUGUCACACUGGAACUCACCAUAAGAAUGCCAAUGUUCUGCCGACCUUUUUGCUGAGGCAUCUCGUUAAUUGCGUUAAUUUUUAAUAGUAUUGUGUACUGUAUGUAAAGAGCAUCACGUGCACAAACAUCCAAUUCACAAUGCUUGCUCGAGCUUUCCUUAUUUAUUUUUAAGUUUUUUAACUUUAUUGCCUCAAGAAGAGCAGUAACCGCAGGUUAUCGGUGCUUGUAGGUCAGCAGCAAGAACUCGCUAGUCACCCCUUUUAAACACACAGUAGAACAUUUGACUGAUGCCCUUUUCCAACAGGUACCAGUUGUACAUACUGUACAAAAAGAAAUAAAAAAAAGGUCAUCGGCCGCUUUCGUUUUGGAGGACGUCCAGUAAAGCUUAGAACAAUUCAAGCAUGUGAUACGGGACACAUUGUACAUAGUUCUACCCUCAUUUCCGGCUGUGGUUCUUAAUUGUGUGACUGUGUGUGUGUGCUACCUUGUUGAGCUCCUGUGGAAUGAACUUGAUUCCUAUUUGCGGUGUUAACAGUGGCUGCAACAGUGGCCCGCAGGAACCGAGCUCUUGUUCUCCUAGUCUUGAACUGAGGCACGAUUCCUUCUGCUGUACAUCUGACUCUUGUGUGAUUGCGUCGUGUGUAUCCCCUUGGGAUGAAGUGGCUGAGAUGCUUCUAGCUUUAAGCAUUUUUCUACUGAUUUGUAAGUUGCCGUUGAUGAAUGGGUUGAAGAGGUUUUCUUCGUAUUCUUAUGUUCCUGGGGUCUAGUACCUUGAGAACCCAUCAGUGCAUUGCUUUUUGUAUUGCCUAUUAAACCAUCAAUACAAAGAA